AUGAUGCGCAUUGUGAUCGUCGGUGGGGGCCAAGCAGGCAUCAACUGCGCCCAGAAUCUCGCCAAGACGCUGACCGAGGCGGACAGCACCGAAGUUGUGGUGCUGGAAAAGAGCGGUCAUUUCUACCAUACACUGGGUGCAGCUCGCGCCUGCGUCGAUCCCGACUACGCCAAGAACAUGUUCGUCCCGUUCGAUAAUGCCAUCCCGAAGUCCUCGUCGGGUUUUGUCCGCAUCGAGCAUGCCGUGGCAAUCGGAAUCUCGCCUGACAAAAAGGAGAUCUCGUUCCAGACAAUCAAUGCCGAUGAUAACAAGAACACCAAAACGGAAAAGCUGAAUUUUGACUACCUCGUGUUGGCCACGGGCAGCACCUACACGGUUCCGAUCAAGCAGGAUCCGGAAGACUACAGACGUGAGACUACAGAAGCCAAGCUGCAAGAAGUUCGCUCUGAGAUUGAGAAUGCGGCCAAGAUCUUGAUCGUCGGCGGUGGAGCAGUUGGCUGCGAAAUGGCCGGUCAGAUCAAGGCAAAGUUCCCAGAGAAGAAUGUGACGAUCCUCGAGGCGCACAGUGAGCUCAUCUCCCGUAACAAGCUGUCCGACAACUUCUACUCCAAGCUGCACGCUGCGCUGGACGCUAUAAAGGUGAACGUUAUUCUCGGGGAGCGUCUCACAGAGCGUUUUCCGGGCAACUCGUUCGAGAAACGUACACUCCGUACUGACAAGGGCACUGAGAUCGAGUCCGAUAUUCAGCUGCUCUGUGGUGGUUUUCAUCCCGUUUUGGACCUUGUAAAAGCCAUGGUUCCGUCUCUAAUCACGGAACAAGGCUCGAUCAAGGUCAACGAGCUGCUUCAGCUGGACAACGAAAAGUACGCAAAUAUCUUUGCGCUGGGAGACAGCAGCAACCACGAGACGCCCAAGAUGGCGUUCUGGGCCGCUGACCAGGGCAAGUUCCUCGCUGCGCAACUCGCAGCCGUUGUGCAAAAGAAGCAGGACGGCUUCAGCAAGCCGUAUCCUAAGGUUACGACCGAGGCAGUAAUUCUUCAGUGGGAUCUGGCGGAGUCUCUCAACUACCAGUCUGGGGUGGUGUUGUUGUCGGUGACUGGGUGA